AUGAACUCGGGGUUGUCCCGAACGGGAACUCCCUUCACGGAUGCUGAUUUUAGUCUCAGGCCUAUUACGGGCCGGAGCCCAAAGCGCGGAGCCAGCGCCCAGCAGCUCUGCCCCUCGGCCCACGCCGGCCCCUCCAGGGCCCUGCAGGCCUCCAUUGCCCCCGGAAGUCCCGCCGGCCCCGGGGGCCUGCCCCCCUCCGAGCUCCCACAAGCCUUAGCUCCCCCAUUUCAUAUUUCCAUAAUUAGUUCGCCCUGCUCGGAGAACAACCGCAGGGGGUGCAGGGGAGACGCUGGCGAGGUGGAGCCCAAACAGGGGGGGGAGGGGGGGGGUGCUUCCGAGGAGGGGCCGCAGAGACCGGAGAGGAGCCGCAGAAGCAGGCCCGAGGCGGCCGUUCCGGAGUCUCGGAAAAGCCAUGGUCAUGUGGAAGAGAUCCCUGAGAGCCUGGGGGCUCGCCCGACCCUCCGCCGGAACGCGGGGCGCUCUCCCCUCCCCCAGCUCGGGGACGCGGCCUUCAGCACCGGGAGGGGCUUUGUCCCUGUGGCCGAAGCCUUAGCACUGGCGCGGCCAUUCCCAGAUCGGACACCAGAGGGCGCCAUGGCCUUACAGGGGCCCUGUCUGAAUAUUGCCAUUCUGCAUUGAAUUCUGCAGCUGAAUCCCCAAAACCAUCCCAAUAUCUCCGGGUAUUGCUCUGGUGUACAUGAAAUAUUCAGAAUCAGAGAAAGGUCUUCAGUACAUUUGAGGAAACUCGGUGGAAAUAGUACACAAUGUCUCAAAAGUAGUCGGGAGAAUUGGAGUAUUUUGCACACCACUUGGCACGUAAUAGGCCCUAAAAAAAAAAAAAAAAAAAGAAAAAGAAAAAAAAACUUUGUUCCUCCUCCUUCUUUCAUAAUAGGAAUGAAGAUCAUUCUAGCCUAAAUCACCCUGCUGAUUUAUCGUGAACUUGUAGUCCACUAAAACCGUCAGAUCUUUUUCAGAUAAUCUGCUACCAUGACAAUGAAGCCCCACCCUCAAGCUUCCAGCAAAAAAUCCUGUGACUCAGAGGAAUUGAGUCUCUGAGGUUUUAUAUUUCACAAUGUAUAUAAACAAGGACACCACUCCUAGAAAGCACAUGUAUUUUAAAGCACUGCCCGGCACACAGUAGGUGCUCAAUAAAUGCUUGUUCAUUUCCUUUCACCUCCCAAUAUAUUUCAAGGGCAGAACUUUAAGAGUUUGGGACUUUUCUAUCUCCAAGGGAGUUAAUAGCAAAGGGGAAAGAGACCGGAGGAAAAAGUCCCUCCCCUUCCCUCCCCAGGAAGGCAGAGAUUGGACGGUUCUAUGGGUUUAGCCACGCCCUUUUCUGAUUGGGAGGGGCUAGAGUGCAGUGGUUGCUACAGUGACACCUAGGGGUUAAGAACCGACCAUUGUCCAGUUCAAUGAAUCUCCUAGUUGGGAGCAGUCUCAGCUGUCGGAUGAAUCCUAGAAUGAGCACAGAUGUACAGCCCCGCUCCGGGCUUCCACCUCCUCUCCCACUGUACAGAUGGGGAAUCUGAGACUGAAACAGAGAGGACUAAAAGAGAAACUAAGAGAGCUGCAAGAAGAAAUAGACAGUAAAACUAUAAUAGUGGGAGAUCUUAACCUUGCACUCUCAGAAUUAGAUAAAUCAAACCACAAAAUAAAUAAGAAAGAAGUCAAAGAGGUAAAUAGAAUACUAGAAAAGUUAGAUAUGAUAGAUCUCUGGAGAAAAUGUAAUGGAGACAGAAAGGAAUACACUUUCUUUUCAGCAGUUCAUGGAACCUAUACAAAAACUGACCAUAUAUUAGGACAUAAAAACCUCAAACUCAAAUGCAGUAAGGCAGAAAUAGUAAAUGCAUCCUUUUCAGACCACGAUGCAAUGAAAAUUACAUUCAACAAAAAACCAGGGGGAAGUAGACCAAAAAAUAAUUGGAAACUAAAUAAUCUCAUACUAAAGAAUGAUUGGGUGAAACAGCAAAUCAUAGACAUAAUUAAUAACUUCACCCAAGAAAACGAUAAUAAUGAGACAUCAUACCAAAAUGUAUGGGAUGCAGCCAAAGCGGUAAUAAGGGGAAAUUUUAUAUCUCUAGAGGCCUAUUUGUAUAAAAUAGAGAAAGAGAAGGUCAAUGAAUUGGGCUUGCAACUCAAAAUGCUAGAAAAGGAACAAAUUAAAAA